UAAGAACAGCGGCAAGGAACACUCAGCGACAAAGCGUCAAUCAUUUUACUCUUACAUUAUCUUGUGUCACGAGAUUUCUUGUCUUUUUAUAUUUCUUCCACCUCAUUUGCUUAGCUCUUCGCUCCCGGCCUUUUGUCAGAUAACUUGACCAUGUCUCGGUCCUAUCGAGAUAUCUUCGAAGAGAGGGACUAUUAUAGCCCACGACGUGCCUACGAUGAUGUUGAAGUCCUCCGACGACGGGAGCCUUCCAGGCGUCGUGAGCCAGAAUUUUUGCGAGAAGAUUACGGUAAAACGACCUCUGGUCCGUUGGUGGUAAGGGAAAGAGAAGAAUUUCUGGUGAUUCGGCCUCGCUCAAGAGUUCGAGAACGAUCACGUCCGCGCGAGAGGGAGGUGGAAAAGGAAGACAUUAUCAUUCGUCGCGGCGAGAGGCCGCGCGAAAUUGAAAAGGACGAGUUCAUCUUUCGACGCGGUGAGAGACCACGAGAGAGAGAGAUUGAGCGAGAUGACAUUGUUUUUCGGAGAGUUGAAAGAGAGACAAUUACGAUUCGAAGAGGUGAGAGAGAAGAGAAAAAGGAGGAGAAGAAGGAACCAGAGCCGAUCCGCGAGCCUCCGAUCCACAAGGAAGUGAUUACACACCUUCGCACCAUUGACCAUGGUAUUGAGAGAAUCCCACCGCCAAAGCCCAAGUCGCCGUCUCCCCCACCCCGAGACUGGGAAGAAAUUGAAAUUCGAAGGCGUGGCUCCCGGCCCUUUUACGACGAUGAUAUUAUCAUUGAGCGGGAGACCAACCGUCGUCACGCACAGGAAGCACGUGGCCGGCGUCGGUCGCUGAGCGGACCUCGACGAGAGCGUGAGCGCGAAAUCGUCGACGAUGUUGAGAUUGAGGCCGACUAUUACAACCGCCGUGCUGCAGAGCGAGCCUACAUUGGUGAAGCAUUCAAUGGUGCCACUCGUGACUGGGCCAUUGUUGAUGUGCCGCCGGGCACCAAGCGUGUCCAGAUGGACGGCAUCGGAGGUGCCAGCCAAGAAGUCACCUGGCAACGAUACAAUGGCGUAAGAAGAUCUAAAUUUAUCCCCGAAGCCGACGAGCCGCCCGUUCCAGAGGAGCCUCGUGGCAGACCAGCACCACGACCUCGUCCAGAAGCGAUGUGGACCGAAAUCACCAAAGAUUUGGUUGUUCGCGAAGCAAUUGAGCGCAUGGGAUAUGAAUUUGAAGAGACCGAGUAUUUCUUUUAUGUGAUUGAAUAUCUGCACUACGAGGAUGUACUUGAACUCGUCGAGCUAUCGGAAGACAUUCGCCGUGACCGUCGCGACCGCAUGUACGAAAUUCAAUGGGAGCGAGAACGUCUGAACCGGCCAGCAGUGUACGACGAUCGUGUAUUCGAGCGAGAAGUCAUUUACGAGGGUCGUCGCCCAGGCCGAUACAGAUGAGGACGAACAUCUGUGUUCGAUAUUUCGACCCUUUUUAAACAUGUCUUUCCUUUGUUUUCUUUAAUAUUUUUUCCGGGGGGUCUAGCACGAUACCUUAUUUACCGUCGACGAAUAUCGCAUUUAUUUCCGACCUGGUGCUGCAUUUCCUUUCUCCCAACCGGGACAGCCAUUCAACAGUGCAGCCAGUGCAGCCACUGCGCCAGUGCAGGAUGCCAAAUGGCGCCUUUCACCUCAAUUGCGCCGCCUUGAUUUCCCCUUUGAUCUUUAAUUUUCACAAUCAUCUCUUUCUCUGACCGUUUUAUGAUUUAAUGGGAAUGAUUGGAACGAAGGAACGAUGAAAACCGCAGAAUGCAUAAUAAUGAUGAUGAUCAUGACCAUGACGAAACGCUUCUUCUCCGGUAAUAGUUUAUGCUUUGUGUUUACUAGACCAAGAUUAUAAACUCUCUUACUUCCAGUGCUCCAUUUUAU